GGCGCAACAAAAUAAGUAACAAAUUCCCACCCCGCGCCCCCACGUCACCAUCAUUAUUCCCAUUUCCUCUUUCUUUCUCUCUCUCUCUCUCUUAUUCCCUCCAUUUCCUCCAACUCCUCUUUGUCUCACUAUAUAAGCCUUGGGUUUCCUUCUUUCCAAGUCGUCAACCAAAAUAUUCAAAUACUCUGAUCUCUUUUUGAUUAUCUCUUCUUCUUUAAUUAUCUUAUUAUAAUGGCGGAAUUCAGCGGCAAGAAAAGGAGUCGGAAUGAUUCGUACGACACGGCGGAGUCACGAUUUGACUACUCGCCGGAGGUGAAGCGGUUGAGGGAGGAUCUCCUUCUUUUAGAGAGCUUCGACGAUGGGGAAAUUUACACCGGGAGUUCUGAGUUGGACUCGUUCAUGAAGAGUUUCGAGGAGGAAAUCUUAUCCGGUAUGCCGGCGCCGGCGCCGGCCACUAAUCCGGCACCGGUGGUUGUUGACUUGACGUCGGAGUCCGAUGAUUCGCAGCCGGACAAUUUGGGGUUUCUAUUGGGAGCGUCAGAUGAUGAGCUGGGAAUACCGCCGUCGAGGGGUGUGGAGACCGACGGCGGAGAGGUUCAGAUCACUGAGUUGGUCCGGGCUGAGUCUGACUCGUCUGCACUCGGAGGAGGUGACUUUUGGGGUUAUAAUUACAGCGACGAUUUACAGAACUUCGACUCUUUUGAUGCCGGAAUUGUUGAGUUCGGUGAACCGAUGUACAACGCCGGCGGUGAAUACGUGGCGCUGGACGGAUUGUUUGACUAUUCCGAUAUUGGCUUUGGGUCAAAUGAUAUUAUGUGGAGACCCGAAACUUUACAUGCCAAAUAGGAAGGAAAAUACUUUUUCUUUUUCUUCUUUUUAUUUUAUUUUAUACCAUUCUUUACUCCCCUAGUUUUAGGCAAUACCGUGAUGUAAAUUUCGUUUUAACGUUACAAGACAAAAAAGGCAAAAAGGAUAGCAUACGGCAGAUCAAAAUGGAACAAUUUUACACUACCUCCAUUUUCACGUUAUUCUCCUUCCUAGUUAAAUUUAUUGUUUUGCCACUCUCAAAAUAAUUAUCUAUCUUAUGUUAUUUUUAUUUUUAUUCUAACAACAUACUUUUCUUUUUGCUUUCUGAGAUCUAAAUGGCUACUCAUAAUAUUUAUACAAAGCAUAUGCAAUUUUGUCGUUGAAAUACAUUUUCACCAUUAACACUAACACUUCAAUGAGAAGUAGUAAGUAAAUUAAGUAACGUGAUUAUGCCCUGUUCUGUAUUUAAAUUGCGUGACACAAAAUGUGUAACGCUAAUGUUUUGCCACAUAAUUAAAUCAAUCAUCGUGUUCAUCAAAGUUAUGUAUUCUAAUCUUUUCUUUUCUUAAAAAUUCAUGUAUGCGAAGAGAUUUUAAUCCCAAUGGUAACUGGUAAAGAACUCGAUCGUUCCCGAUUUAUGUACAUUGACUGUUAGUUAGCACGAGAAAAAUGUCUUUAAUUUCUUUCUUUGUUUGUUAUGUUUGAACAAUAAAUGUCCCUAUACUUUAUCGGUCUCAAGUAAUUGUCUAGUUUAGAUUUUUUACUUUAAUAUAAAUUAUAUCAAAAAUAAAAAUAAAAAAUUUGACAAUUAAUUUAGAAC